AUGCCUUCUGAUCCGGCGGCCCCUGGCGGUCAGCCAUUGAACCCCCAGCUGCGUCGUCUGCUCCCAGCACCUGUGACCCCGCCCGUUACACCGCCGGAAGCAGCAGUGUCUCCAGCUGCGGCGGCGGCAGAACCUCCAGCAGCAGCGGGAGCAGCAGGAGCAGCAGCAGCGCCGCCGCGCAGGCUGCCCGCAAAGAGACGCCUCGAGAAGGCGCGCGCCGCCUGCACUGUGUGCCGCAAGCAAAAGGCCAAAUGCACCGGCGAGAGGCCCUCGUGCCGCCGCUGCGUCCAGCGGCGCUACCAGUGCCAGUACAGCACGCAGCCCGGCGAGACCGAGGCGCAGGCCACGCGGCGCGACUACAUGCACAUGCGGGAGCGCGCCUCGGCCCACGAGGAGGUGUUCGACCUGCUCAAGAGCCUGCCGCAGACCGAGGCCCAGGGCGUGCUGCACCGCAUCCGCGCCGGCACCGACGUCGACACCAUCCUCAGCCACGUCAAGGCCGGUGACGUGCUGCUGCAGAUGGCCGUGGCGCCCGAGACGCGCUUCCGCUACGAGUUGCCCUACAAGGCCGAGAUCCCCGCCGUGUACCUAUCCGACAACCCUUACCUAGAGUCGCUGCUCUUUGAGUCGGCGGGGCUCUAUCCGGGUGCGCAUGGUAGGCGGGACUGGUCCGCCAUGGAUAUUGAGGUGGGCUCUGAAGGAUAUCAGGACCUCUACUUGAAGCCCUUCCAUGCUGCCCAGCUCGUCGACCCUCUUCUGUCCGGCGUGAAGCCGUCGGUGUGGACCAACGUGUGCCAGGACGAUGUGCUUAUGCGCGACUUGCUGAGCGUGUGGCUCAGAUGUGAGCACCAUUUCACCGCGAUAGUCCAGAAGGAUCUCUUUCUGGAGGACAUGGCUGCGCAGCGGACCGACUUUUGCUCGUCGUUGCUUGUCAACGUUUGCUACCCGCAAUUUUCUAACCGCGUCGAAUACUGGAACCCGAACACGCUUCACUACCGAUUCCUUGCCGAGGCGAAGCGCCUCUGGGAGCUGGAGGCUAUUGCAGCCAGGAUCACUACCGUACAGGCGGGUGUGACCUUCAACGUCAUCUACAAUCUGUCUGGCCUGGACGAAAUUGGGCAUGCAUAUCGGAUCCAUGCCGUUGCCCUCGCUCACCAACUGCACCUCUUUGAUAUUGAGUCCUCGGUAGGGUUGAGCGAGAGGAUGCGAAGAGGGAGGGCCUACACUGCCUGGGCUCUGUACAAUUGGGAAGCACUCACGGCAUUCUCCUUUUUGAAACCUCCACUGCUGACAAAGCCUCCUCCCUGGGUACUGCCGGAUCCAGCUAAAGAAUCCCAGUUCUACGGCGAGAUGUGGGUUAAAUAUCCGCUGAGCAACAGUCUCUCGCCGUCGUACUUUGGCCUCGUCUUCAAGGCGAAAUCCCAGUUCCGGAUCAUCAUGAGCGAGUUUUGCCAAAUCGCCUAUGACAAAGACUUGAGUGUCACCGUGGACAAGGCUUAUGAGCUGUAUUGGCGGAUGAGAGCUUGGUUCGGCGGCUUGCCGCUACAGCUGGCGGCCAAGAGGAUUGUACUUCCCGGGCACUUGCAGCUUCACAUAUACUACCACCAUCUACUCUUGACCAUUUUCGAGCCACUGUUAGACACCAGGACGGACCAGCAGCCGUCUCCGCAGCAGAUCGUCGCCGACGCCAAGAGAUUCAUCCAGACGCUCAUUCGGCUCUACUACCUCCGGCACGGCUUCGAGGCGAUGGACCUCUUCAUCGUGAUCCCGCUCAUCCUGGCCGGGUACGACUGCCUCGACGCCAUCGGCGACGAGACGCCGGCCGAGGAGCUCGAGACGCUGCGGUCGACGCUGCUGCUGGUGGCCAAGGGCCUGUACAACCAGCGGCACAACCACUACCUGGCCGAGGCGCUGUACCGGGUGAUCCGGGGCCGGAUGCGGGCGCGGGAGGCGGCGCUGCUGCGGGAGGCGAUGAGCCUGCCCGAGGACGAGCCGAGCGGGCGCGCGGAGAUGGUGCAGGCGGUGCGGAGCCACUGGCCCGUCAGCGUGGUGCGCCGGGCCGAGGACAUGGACGGGCGGAUGCUGGGGAAGCUUGUGGAGAGCUAUGCCGGGAUGCAGUUAGGGGAGGGAGAGGGCGGCGGCGGCGGCGGCGGCGGUGGUGGGUGA